CAAAAGAAAGUCGACACGGUCAGCACGUCGUGUUCGUGGAAGUGUGUGAGCUUUAAAUGUUUGGCUGAGCCGAACUGAACCGGACCGAGCCGAGACAGCUGGGCUGGAGCGUAGAGCGCGGGACAACAGAGACAGCGAGGAGGGAGGAGAAGAAGUUGUACAGACUGUGGGAUCCCAUAAGAAGAGAUAAUUCACCGUAUUUAAACAUUCGAAAUCUGUUGUAUUUAUUUUGAUAUCUCGGCUAACUGCGGAGUUUUUGUGCAUGUAAAUGUGAUUUUUUAAUUUUUUUAUUUUGCAUUAUUUGCACUAUAGUGGACCUGUGAACUCUUGAAAACGAUAGUGCAAUUUGUUAACGAGAAAUAUUCAAAGAGAAGAAGAAAUGGAGAAAUCAAACAGCUUCUCGCCGGACAGAAACAUCCUCUGCCUGUUCGACGUAGACGGCACCCUGACUCCACCGAGAGAGAAAAUUGAUCCACAGCUGGACGAGUUCUUCCAGACUCUGAGGAGGAAAGUGAAGAUCGGCAUUGUGGGAGGGUCGGACUACUCCAAGAUAGCGGAGCAGCUCGGGGAGGGGGACGAUGUGAUACAGAAGUUUGAUUAUGUAUUUGCUGAGAACGGGACAGUGCAAUACAAAGAUGGGAAACUUCUCUCAAAACAUGCCAUUCAGAACCAGAUUGGGGAGGAGCUUCUGCAGGACCUGAUCAACUUCUGCCUCAGCUACAUGGGGCUCAUCAAGCUGCCAAAGAAAAGGGGGACAUUCAUUGAGUUCAGGAAUGGAAUGCUCAACAUUUCUCCCAUUGGUCGGAGCUGCACGCCGGAGGAGAGAAUCGAAUUCUCUGAAAUCGACAAGAGAGAGAAGAUCAGGGAGAAAUUUGUUGCUGCCCUGAAAGAAGAGUUUGCUGGAAAGGGAUUACGGUUUACUAAAGGCGGUCUCAUCAGCUUUGACAUUUUUCCGGAGGGCUGGGACAAGAGACUGUGUCUGGAGCUGCUGGAGAGUGAAAGCCUGGACGCCAUCUACUUCUUCGGCAACGAGACCUCAGAUGGAGGAAACGACUAUGAAAUUUUCAACGACCCACGGACCAUCGGUUUCACAGUCUACUGUCCAGAGGACACGGCCAGGCUCUGUCGGGAGCUGUUCUUUGACACGCCGCCACACGAGCCCUGAUGUGCUCAAUCGUCUCCACCCCUGCCCCAGCCCAUUUACCCACAAGCCCCUCCGAAUUCCCACCUGUAGAUCUACGACAACCAGGCUUUUUAUGAACUGCUAAAAGGUACCACUACUGAUUUUGUACAUGUUAUUAGUGGGGUGAUUUGACGAAACAUGUUCAAUAAAUCCCACAUCUUUUUUUAAAGGGACAGUAACUGAGGAAGUGUUACAUGUUGAUGUGUGUUCAAGUGAGGUUUUAAUACUGUGCCAGAAGACGUGUUUGACUGCAGACUUACAUCACAACAUGUGAUGUGCAAUGUGUAGCAUGUAACAUAACGUUAAUCAAAAUGCUCAGAGAGAUUAUGAAACAAAGGUUAAUACUCCAGAUUACUUAGAGUAUAGGAUGAUGUUUUGCACUAAUGUUGGGAUAAUCUUAUACCAGUAGUUGGUAUAGUCUUGUUGAACACUGCUGAGGGAUGUGAUAAGAAAGAAAGAGACUGAUAUUAAAACUUUCCUUGUUGUUUUGUGAGUCCAUUUUGAAAAUGACAUAUGAAUGAAGUGUUAAAGAGGAUGUGGACCUUUCCUCCUUGAAAGUUGAGGAUACAGGAAUCAUUCCAGAUAUUUGAAUGUCUCUACAGCUCUGAACUGGAUGUAAUUUAUUGAUGGUUUGCUGUGUGAUCCUCUGAAAGAUGUUAGUUUUAACUUAACAAGGCUGCUGGAAAUGAAAGAAGCUUGCCAAGCAUUGCUUUGCUUCUCUAGGUUCGUUAAAUGCAUUAAAAUGAAAAUAUAUCAGCUUUAUAUUUAAAACUGAACAUUACUGACUCAACAAAUUCAUUCUAACCAGUGAAUUAAGCUACGGUGACCAAGUCACUCACUUUUAUCAGUCAGUAUGACAAUUUUUUUAUGUAAAAUAUUUUUACAAGCUGUAUAAUGACCUGCAUGCUGUAUAUGUAUUGAUGCGUAUUGCUUAAUUCCUUGCAAUUUUUUAAAAGGGUUAUGCUGUUUUCAACAGCUGCUUAAAUGGUUUUCUUAAGAGUAACUGCCAGUUUGAUUUUCCCAUACUGUGUUAAUGAUCCAUCUUUCUGCUGUGGUUCAGGAAAAUACUGUAACACCUCUUUAAUGAAUCAUUAUUGGGAACAUGAAGUUUUUGAUAAGUUAGAUACAUCAGCAGCAGUCCUGUUGUGUCCGACUGUAAACACUCCCUCUACAUCCAGAGGAUCAUGCAGACUUCCUUGCACAGCAGAGAAUUAGCUUUUAACGUGUCACUGAUGCUAACUGUAAUAUGGAUCAUGUUGUUUUUCAACAUGUCAUUAAUGGAUAAAAAUGUGUUUUAUGUAAAUUCAUUGUAAUAAAUCUUUUUUGAUAUCAUUUCACCGA